UUCUCGCUUGCUUGUUGGUUGGAUGGUUCUCGCUUCUUUGUUGGUCGGUUCUUUGCUCGCUGUCGGUUGGCUGACUUUCACAAUCGGUGCUUCACGCCUUCAUUGCUUCGGUGCUUCCGGACUUCUAGUUCCGACCAACAAAACUCAAAAGGCCUACUGGCCAGCCGCAUGGCCAAUAGGCCUCUUGGCCUGCGGGAGGCCAGCGGCCAAUGGCAUAGGGGCACAGGCCAGUAGGCCUGCGGGUGGCCAGCGGGCACAGGCCAGUAGGCCUACUGGCCUGCGAGCACAGGCCAAUAGGCCUAUAGUCGGCCGAUUGACGAGUGGACACUACCCACUUAUGUUAGGAUCCUCGGAUGCUGAAGUUGCGAGUUCAACUCAUCCAAAACUUGGUCCAACAAUAGAUACGAGUUGUUGUUGGCUCUUCAUCAAACACAUAAGUGAGCGAGAAAGAUGA